AGCGGGGAGGCGACCAUGGAAGAGAAGCUCCAGGCGCAUCAGGUGGAGAUCGACCCGGAUUUCGAGCCGCAGAGCCGUCCCCGCUCCUGCACUUGGCCUCUCCCCCACCCCGACUUGGCGGAGGAGGAAGAUGGGGGCGCGGGGGGAACCCCGGCGCUGGCGGCCGGCGGGGACGGAGCCGAGAACGCGGCGGCCCCGGUGGAGCGCAGAGUCGCCGCCGCUCCCCCGCCGCCCCCCGGCGCGGAUGUGGGGCAGCUCCGCAAGGCCAAGACCUCCCGGCGCAACGCCUGGGGCAACCUCUCGUACGCCGACCUCAUCACCAAAGCCAUCGAGAGCUCGCCGGAGAAGCGCCUCACCCUCUCCCAGAUCUACGACUGGAUGGUGCGAUACGUCCCCUACUUUAAGGAUAAAGGAGACAGCAACAGCUCCGCCGGCUGGAAGAACUCCAUCCGGCACAACCUGUCCCUGCACACCCGCUUCAUCCGCGUGCAGAACGAGGGCACCGGCAAGAGCUCCUGGUGGAUGCUGAACCCCGAGGGCGGCAAGACGGGCAAGACGCCGCGGCGGCGGGCGGUGUCCAUGGACAACAACAGCAAGUUCCUGCGCAUCAAGGGCAAGGCCAGCAAGAAGAAGCAGCUGCAGGUGACGCAGGAGCGCGGGGAGGACAGCCCAUCCUCCCAGCAAGCCAAGUGGUCGGAGAGCCCCGCGUCCCACGCCAGCGACGAGUACGACGCCUGGGCGGACUUCCGGACGCGGGCCAGCUCCACGGCCAGCACGCUGAGCGGGCGCCUCUCGCCCAUCAUGGCCAACCACGAGCCGGACGAGCUGGAGGAGGACGACGGCACCCCCUCGUCCCCGCUGAUGUACCCCAGCCCCUCCAGCACCAUGUCUCCUUCCCUCAGCGCCCGCUGCUCCGUGGAGCUGCCCCGGCUGACCGACCUGACCGGCACCAUCAGCCUGAACGAGAGCCUGGGGGAGAGCAUGCUGGAGGACCUGCAGGACGGCUACAGCAUGAGCCCCUCCCAGCAGCUCCCCCCGGCCGCCCUGCGGCAGCGCAGCUCCAGUUUCACCUUCAACUCCAAGUGCUCCAGCAUGGGCGCCGCCUCCAACACCUACUGCGGGACCAUCUACAGCCAGCCGGCCAUGAGCCUGAUGCGCCGCCUGCCCAUGCAGACCAUCCAGGAGAACAAGCAGGCCACCUUCUCGCCCGUCAGCUCCUACAGGAACGCCUCUCUGCAGGACCUGCUCUCCUCCAUCUCCUACGCGCACAAGGAGAGCAUGGUCCCGGGGGACCUGCCCCUGCCGCCGGCCGGCCCCAUGGUGCCGGCCCGCGGCCACAGACACAACCCGCUGCUGUGCGGGGGCGGGGAGCAGGGCUUGUCCUCCUACCCGCCCCACCCGGGCUCUCUCGUGAAGAGCGGCGCGUUGUACCACCCAUCACCAGCCGCUCACCACCCCGCGGUCAACACCAGUGCCUUAGCCAAUCCUGUCAGCCUUAUGAGCCUGCCCAGUGACUCGUGCAGCAUGGCGGCCGUGCCGCACCACCACGGGCACCUGCAUUCCUACGCCAAUAACCAAGGGGCACACAUGAGCUUGCUGGAUUCGCUGCAGGGCCCCUACCCGGGGGCCGUCCACCCCCCCGUGUUGGGCCAAGACAGGUUCCCAGCAGACCUGGACCUGGACAUGUUCAACGGGAGCCUGGAGUGCGACGUGGAGUCGAUCAUCCUGAAUGACUUUAUGGACAGCGACGAGAUGGACUUCAACUUCGACUCGGCCCUGCCGCCGCAGAACGGGCUCAACGUGCCCGCGCUGCCCGGGGGGCCGCAGCCCACGAACCAGAGCUGGGUGCCCGGGUGACGCCUGCCCCGGCGCGGCCUCGCCGCCGGCAAGCCACGAGGGGAACAUUCAGACUAACUUUUUUUUUUCCUUUCUCUUCUGCCUUUGUUUGUUAAGAUGGGCGAGAGCCAUCAGUCCGAGCUUGAGGUCGAACGUGAAACACGAACCAGAGGGUCAAAUCCUGAGAUGGGGGAGGACCCCCCCAGCCCCCACGUGUGCCCGGUCUGCAGGUCCUGCCAGCAUCCUCUGGAGGACACAGGGCAUGUGGGUGGGAGAGGCAGCUGGAGCCAGGCAGAUCCAGGGGGUAGCAGGCAGGGAAAGCCUUUGCAGACAGUCCCAGUGCCCCACAGCAAUGGUGCCAGUUUGAUUUGCCCUUGGGCUGGGUGACAGAGUGGUGACGGCUGGUGGUGUGGGACUCCCCCUGCGUGGGCGUCCCCCUGGGAAGGGGCUCUUCUCUGAGCCACCUUGGGAAAUGAGUCCUCUGGGUAGAAGUGUCAGGAGUGGGGACCCCAGGGACCCCAGGGGGGGCUCGUGACCCCUCAGUCCUGGUGGAGAUCAGAGCUCUGCCGAGCCCACACCCCCAGGCCCCUCCGCUGCAGGUGUUCUCGUGUGGCUCCAGGCAGGUUUUCUUACUGAGCAGUGGGAAGGGGGUGGUGAUGGUGUGCAGGCAGCAGCCCUGGGAGCAGCACCUCGGCAGCCCCUGCGGCCUGAGGGUGCCAGGGGAAGGCUGCAGCCCUGCCUGGAGCAGGCUGGGCAUGCUCCAGGGGGGUCUUGCUGGGAGUGAGGGUCCCCUGAGCUGGAGGCUCGGGGGCAGCUCGCAGGGGCGGGGAGGGGGGCGUAUUUAUUUGAUUUCAUGCACUCUUUUGCCAUUGAGUUUUUGCAUUGGAAGGAAGAAAGGGUCGAGCUUAGGGAGAGGAUAGGGAGGCCAUGGGCAGCACAGGUGGCUGUGUCCCAUCACGUGGCUCAUCUUGGCGUGGCCAUGGGGGGGGUGUUGGAUGAUGGGUGAAAGCUGGGGGCUGUGAUGUGGGUCAUCCUCGAGGAGGGGCUGUGUGUGUGAGGAGGGGAGGGAUGUGGUGGCCAGGCAGCGUGGGGUCCAUCCUGCUUCAAGCUUGGGUGUCCCACAUUGCUCAGGGAGGUGCCACAGGGCCCUCAGCCAGGACUGUGGGGCUCCUGGGGGGUCACCGCCCACCCCUGGGGUGCCAGGAGAGCUGAUCCAGGAGCUGUCAGCAAGAGGGGUGCACCCACCUGCCAGGGGCUGGGGCUCCAUGAGAAUGGGGACCAUGAUUCACACGUGGUGCUGCUGUGGGUCAGGACCCCGAACUGACCCCACUGCUCUGUGGGGCAGGAGUGGACCAGGGAUAUCCCAGCUAUCCUGCACAGCUGCCAGGAGCAGCAGGGCUUUGGUGGCCAGCAGGAGCAACUGGUCUGGAGAGGAUGGAGGGGCUGGCAGGAGGUGGUGGGAGCUGAUGCUCUGUGCCGUGGUGUCUCUGCUCAGCCAUUCUUCCUCCUGGGCACCACAGGCUCUCUCUCUGACCCCCAGGCCCUGGCUUGCAGCAUGGCCAGUGCACUGAACCAGCACGUUUUCCCAGCCCAGCUCUUCCCUUCUUGCCCCAGCACCAGCUCCUCUGCCACGGAGCAGGCGCUGGGUCCCAGCCAGCCACAGGGACAGCGUGGCUGCCCCCAGUCAGGGCAGGGCAGGUGGCACCUCCUGCUCCUCUCCAGACCCCUGACGGUUGUGGCAGGGUGUGACAGAGGAGCCCCAUGUGCCACCGCUCACCUUCACCCAGGGCACAUGGCAGGCACGGUCUCUAAAGACAUUCUUACAAGUUAAUUAAUUAUGUUUACAUUAUUUGAUCAUGUACAGAAUUUAAUAUAUUCUAUUAUAUAUAAUCUUUCUUGGAUGCUUUUUUAAAAAGGAUUAUUCUUUGGUCAGGAUCAUUACUGCAUUCCUUUUACACACCACCUCUCGUUUCUGGCAUCUUUCAAAUCCUUGGGAAAUGAUUGCAAAUGGCUAUUUAACCCCCGACCCCCCAGCUCAGCACGUGGGUGUGAGGGACCCAGAGGCAGGAGGGCAGCUCUGGCUGCCCUGGGGGAAAAUGGGGGCCCUGUGCCCCCCAGGAACGGGACAAAGGGAAGGGGCAUCUGAUCUCCAGGCACAGAUCCAGCAGCACCAGCAUGCAUCAGGCAUUUGGAGAUGGGGUUCUCCCAGGCAGGAGUGUCCCCGAGCCCCCUUGGGUGUCACAGACACGGGGCCAGCUGUCACCGUGGCGCCCCGGUGGUGGUGGCAGCAGCAGGAGGAGGAGGAGGAGGAGGAGGAAGGUGUCCCCUGGUGCCGCCCUGCUGCCCCCGCCCCGCCGCGUGGGCACGGCCCCUCGCCGAGCUGUCGUCGUGGUUCGUGACCGUGGGCUUGUCGUGUGUGCGGUGCAGUGGUGUUGGUAACGUCGUGUGUUCAGUGCUCGUGUGGGGCGAGGGGCGGCGGGGGGCGGCACGGAUGGGGCACGGGGCGGGGGGCACGGGCCGGCCGGAGCACCCGUGGGUGUGGGGCCGUGGCGGGAUGGGGGCGUUGGGGCUGUGCCUGUGGGGCAGGAGGCGCCUGGGGGUGGCUGGCAUGGCUGUGUCCCUCCCUGCCCCCCAGGGAAGGGGACACCAGGGCUCGAUGUCGCUGUCCGGGCUUGCUGAGAAUCCAGGUUUCAUUGUGGAACCGGUGAGGCCACCUCAUUGUCCUGCCUCGCUCAGCUUCAUCCUCCCCUCCUCAUCACCCCCUCCGUUCCCCGCCCCCGCCGUGCCCCUCUGGGCACCAGGAGCUCCCACCCUGCUCCCACCCUGCCCUGCCUGGAGCCGGUGUGGGGGGACACCCAAGGGCCCCCCUGCCUUGCUUCCCCUGGCGGUUUUGGGUCCGUUUCCCUCGUAUUUAUAACUGUACAGGCUGGGGGGGAGGGUCUCGGAGGCGUCAUCUCUCACACACAUCUAUCGUAGGCAAUGGUAACUUUCUUGGUUGUGCUAUUAGAGUUUGUGUAUGUGGCAAUGUAAAGAACUGUGUAUAGUGCAUUGUACAGCAUAUUUUCAUGAAUAAAAUUGUUUUAAAUAUUACAA